AUGCUUUCCAAAUACAUUGCCGCCGCUGCCAUGGUCAGCACUGUUGCUGCACAGAGCCCGUCUUUCUGUGACAAGUACACCACUGCUCUGUUCACGAACAACACGGCGGAAAACCAGAAGACUUUGUUGACUGCUGUUGUUAACACCGCCGUCAUUGGAAACUACUCCGAGUCCAAGACUGGCAUGGCCGUCCCCGGUAUUCUCGCUCCGGGAACGGUGAAUGGCACGCCGGUCAACCUCCUGCCUUACUUCAACGGUGGACUCGCCUCGAGCAACCGCGGUGGAGUGGCCGGCGUUUCUAUCAACUUCCUGGACGACGGUGGAGCUGCUCCUCUGGCUAUGGGCAAGCCUGCCAACGGAACCGACUCGAACCAAUACAUGCUCCUGACCCACUUGUACGAGUACUUCGGCACCCUUCUCGGAUGCAGCCAGCAAGGCAUGACCGGCUUCGAGGCAUACUCGGGCCAGGGAUCCCAAUACAACGUCCACAAGUUCAUGGACCUGUCCAACGCCGAGGUCACCUACUUCAUCUCCCAAGUCGCUGCGGCCGCCAUGUCAUUCGGCGUCUCGGCCGAAGACCUCACCCCCGUCGGACAGGCUCUCACCACGCUCUUCGGCUACCGCUGCGCCGCCCCAGCCACGGCCGUUCCGGCCCAAGGCGCCCAGCUGCAAUCCAUCUGCCAAGCUGCGGACUGCCCCGUCGCGCCCAUGGGAAACUGCACCGGUCUCCUGAACGCGACCGAGCCUUCCGUCGCCGUCUCGUCUCUGGUGCCAUCCACCUCGACCAGUGCAAAUGCAACUGCUAGCAUGACGGGGACCACCGCGCCGACCGGAACCGGUGCUAUAGCCGUCCCCACUGCUGACGCUGUCAUUUUUGGCGUGAGCUUUGCUGCGGUUAUUGGUGGAAUUGCUGCUGCUCUGCUCUUAUUGAUGCGCUCCGGAGGCUGGGGGCUGGAGGACUCGAUAGCCGGGAAUUGA